AUGGGCUCCGUGUUACCCGCUGACGCCUUGGCUCUCAAGUCUGGAUUUAAGUGUCCGAGUCGCUCGCUGUCAGAUGUCAUCACCUCGGACAUUUUGCACAGUUUCCUGUACGGCAGAUGGAGAAACGUGCUGGGCGAGCACCUGGUGGAGGAGAGACAAAGCAGCAUCAACCCCAAAACUGCCUUCACCGCCGAGGUGCUGGCCCAGUCCUUUGCAGGAGAGGUGCAGAAGCUGUCCAGCCUGGUGCUGCCCAGUGAAGUGAUCAUCGCCCAAAGCUCCAUCCCUGGUGAAGGCCUGGGCAUCUUCUCCAAGACCUGGAUCAAGGCUGGCACUGAGAUGGGUCCCUUCACUGGCAGAGUCCUGUCCCCUGAACAUGUGGAUCUGCUCAAGAAUAACAACCUCAUGUGGGAGGUGUUCAAUGAAGACGGCACUGUGCGGUAUUUCAUCGAUGCCAGCCAGGAGGACCAACGCAGCUGGAUGACCUACAUUAAGUGCGCCCGCAACGAGCAGGAGCAAAACCUGGAAGUGGUGCAGAUCGGCAGCAGCAUCUUCUACAAGGCUGUUGAGACCAUCCCACCAGACCAGGAGCUUCUCGUCUGGUAUGGAAACACCCACAACACAUUCCUGGGAAUCCCUGGCGUUCCAGGCACAGAUGAUGAACAUCAGAAGAAGAGUCGCAAUGAGGAAUCCCACUCAUGUGAUGCCUCCUCCUCAUGCUCACCCUCGUCCUCAUCCUCCACCACCAGCCGCAUGCGCUGCGUCAUCUGCCACCGUGGCUUCAACUCUCGCAGCAACCUGCGCUCCCACAUGCGCAUCCACACUCUGGACAAGCCCUUCGUCUGCCGUUUCUGCAACCGCCGCUUCAGCCAGUCGUCCACACUCCGCAACCACGUCCGCUUGCACACCGGUGAGCGCCCCUACAAGUGCCAUGUUUGCCAGAGCGCCUACUCCCAGCUGGCAGGCCUGAGGGCACACCAGAAGAGUGCACGGCACAAACCGGUGGCCACCGGCAACGAUGUACCCUCCCAAGUGUCCCCUCCUCCCCCACAGAUGCCAAGCCUGUCCCACCAGCACCAGAUGCCCAUGGUGCACCACAUCCCCACCAUGGUGCUAUGA